GCUGUAUACCACUUAGUCAAAACCGUCACGCUCCGGUCUGUUUUGGAGAAGGGAAGGAGUGGAAGAUGGCGGCGUCCAAGGUGAAGCAGGACAUGCCUCCUUCUGGAGGUUAUGGCCCUGUCGACUAUAAGAGAAAUCUCCCGAAACGGGGACUUUCUGGGUAUAGCAUGCUCACCAUUGGAGUUGGUGUCAUGUGUUUCGGUUAUUGGAGACUCUUCAAAUGGAACAGGGAGAGGAGGCGGUUGCAGAUUGAGGAGCUGGAAGCGAGGAUAGCUCUUCUGCCUUUGCUGCAAGCAGAGCAGGACCGGAGGCAACUACGGAUGCUGAGGGAGAAUCUGGAGGAGGAAGCAGUUGUAAUGAAAGGUGUCCCCGGCUGGAAGGUGGGCGAGAAUGUCUUCCACACAGACCGCUGGGUGGCCCCCCUCACAGAGGAGCUGUUUAACCUUCGACCCCGUGAAGAGCUUCUCCACAAGCGCUUUGGCUUCCUGUGGUACGUGUAGCCGCACCCCAGUCCAACUGUGUACACCUCAGCUACCAUACCAGCAACAGCCAGUACCCUUUUGACCGGAGUCCACAACUCCACACAGCUUGUAAAUGUUCUAUAUUAAAGUAAUCUUUUCUGUACCCCA